AUGUUCUCAGAGAAGAAGGAAGCCAACAUUGGCUCCAAGCCUGUGCAAGACGGUCCCUACUCGUCGGGUCCUAGCUCCAUCAACCACGAUGAUGUCGAGGGCUCGCCAGUUCCUGGAACUACCGUCCAGCUCAAGCGUAGACUGCAGUCGCGUCAUCUGCAGAUGAUUGCUAUCGGCGGAACAAUCGGUACUGGUCUUUUCAUCGGUUCUGGAACCGCACUCGCAAAUGCUGGACCUGCUGGCGCAUUGAUCGCAUACGCCUUCGUCGGUACACUCGUCUACAGCGUCAUGGUCGCUCUGGGUGAGAUGGCCACCUUCCUGCCCGUUUCCGGCGCCUUCACAGCAUACGCAUCUCGCUUCGUCGACCCCAGUCUUGGGUUCGCCAUGGGCUGGAUCUACUGGUUCUCAUGGGCCAUGACAUAUGCCUUGGAACUGACUGCCAGCGGUCUGAUCAUCCAGUACUGGCGCGCCGACCUCAACAUCGGUAUCUUCAUUGGUACAUUCUGGGCCGUCAUUACACUUGUCAACUUCCUGCCCGUGUCCUUUUACGGCGAAAUUGAAUUCUACUUCGCUUCGAUCAAAGUGCUUACCGUUAUCGGAUUCAUGAUUUUUGCUAUUUGCAUUGAUGCAGGAGCUGGUCAACACGGAUACUUGGGUUUCGACACUUGGAAGCACCCCGGAGCUUUCGCUCCUUACAUUGUCGAGAACAACGAUGCUGUCGCCAAGUUUGUUGGUUUCUGGGCUGUUUUGAUCCAGGCCGGUUUCUCUUACCAAGGAACUGAGCUUGUUGGUAUUGCCGCUGGUGAAACUAGCAACCCUCGCAAGACUGUUCCUGCAGCUAUCAAGAAGACUUUCUACCGUAUUGUCUUCUUCUUCGUCUUGACUGUCUUCUUUAUCGGUCUUCUUGUUCCUUACGACAACAAAGCGCUUGCCACCGCCCACACCGACGCUUCCUCCUCUCCUUUCGUCAUUGCUGCAAACCUUGCCGGUGUCAAGGUGCUCCCCGGCCUCAUCAACGCAGUCCUCCUCUGUGUCGUUCUCAGCGCCGCAAACUCAAACGUCUACUCUGGCUCCCGUAUCCUCGUCGGUUUGUCCGAGCAGGGCCAAGCACCAAAAUGGUUGGGCCGCACCACUGCCCGCGGUGUCCCCUACUACGCCGUUGCCUUCACUGCCGCAUUCGGUCUCCUGGGCUUCAUGAACGAGUCCAACUCCGGCGGUCAAGUCUUCAACUGGCUAGUCAACAUCACCGGAGUCGCCGGCUUCAUCACCUGGACCUGCAUCAACAUCUCUCAUCUCGCAUUCAUGCGCGCCCUCGCCGCUCGCGGUGUUUCCCGCGACACGCUUCCUUACAAGGCAAUGUGGCAGCCAUUCUUCAGUUGGUAUGGAGUCUUUUUCAACAUCCUGAUUAUCUUGACUCAAGGAUUUACUGCCUUUAUGCCCUGGAACACCUCCGACUUCUUUGUCGCUUACAUCUCGCUCAUCUUGUUUGCUGUGCUUUACGGUGGCCACAAGAUUAUCUUCCGUCCCUCUUUCGUCAAGCCAGAAGACGCUGAUCUCGAUACUGGCCGUAAAGAGAUUGAAGAGAUGCACUUUGAAGAGGCCGAGCCUGUUGGUGCUUGGCAAAAGUUCUGGGCUUGGAUGGGUUAG